AUGGGUUUUGUAUUCAGUAAGAUUUUUAAGAAGCUGUUUGGUUCAAGCAACUCAUUCAAUAUUCAUAUAGUAGGCCUAUAGAACGCUGGAAAAACUACUAUACUUUAUCAAUAUAAUUUAGGGAAGGUUAUUGAAACAACACCUACUUUAGGUAGUAAUAUGGAGGAAGUUAAUCAUAAAAAUGUAAAGCUGAAAGUUUGGGAUUUAGGAGGUUAAAAAAGUAUUAGAGAAGUAUGGGAUAAUUAUUUCUUAGAAAGCGAUGCUGUAAUUUAUGUAGUAGACUCUACAGAUAAAAGUAAAGAAGAUGAAAGUAUGGAGGAAUUUUAAAAGUUGUUGAAAAAUGAAUUGCUGAAAAAUGCAGUGUUUUUAAUAUUUGCUAAUAAAUAAGACAUAGAAGGAGCGAUGACAGCAGAUUUAAUUGCUGAAAAAUACAAAUUAUCUGACAUCAAAACACACUAAUGGCAUAUUUAAGCAUGCAGUGCAGUUAAAAAUACUGGACUUGGAGAAGGAUUGGAUUGGGUUGUAGAUAAAAUUCUAGAAAAAAAUAAAUGA